UCUCUCUCUCUCUCUCUCUCUCAACUUCGGUAAAUCUCACAUCUUCGCUUUACAUAGGUUGUCCGCAUCUUUACUCCCCACUCCCCAUCCUCUAUCACCGCAGUCCGCCACCGCCGGUGGCUCCUCCGUCUCUCCGGGCGGCGGUUUGCCUGUGUUUAUUUUGUGUUUCCAAUUUUGAAGGAAAACAUAAACCUCUCUGGACAUUUGGGAAUUAGUUAUGGUGGUGGCCUCUGGAAACGUAUUCGCCAAGGAGAUGGCCAUCAGAAAACGAAUUGCCAGCAUAUAUAAUAAAAGAGUGGACGAUUUCGAAUCUUUAAGGGACUUCAAUGACUACUUGGAGGAAGUCGAGGACAUGAUUGUUAAUUUAGUCGAGGGAAUAGAUGUUCCUGCUAUCGAAUCAAGAAUUGCUCAGUACCAGAGAGAAAAUGCCGAACAAAUCAUGAUUGCUCAAGCUCGCAAGGCUGAGGAAUAUGCAGCUGCUUUGGCAGCAAGCAAGGGUCAACUCCCACAGACAGCUGUUGAUCUUUCAUCAGGGUCGUCGCAAGCGGGGCCCACAGGUGUUGCGCAAGGGCAAUAUGCACCUGCAAUUGCUGCACAGCCUCGACCAAUGGGGAUGGGCCAACAACCUCUGCCUCUUGGGCAUGGUUCGGACAUGCUUGGUCUCGAAUACGAAGACGAAGAAACCAUGAAAAUCCGAGCCGAAAAAGCAGCAAAGGCAGGUGGAUUUAGUUUAGAGAUGAGCAAGAAACGGGCACUCGAAGAAGCCUUUGCCAGCAUUUGGAUAUGAUAUUCACUUCUUUUUAUUCAUUUAUCUAUAUAUAUAUAUAUAUAUACACCAGUUUUGUGUCUCUGUAUUAUUAUUGUUAUGUAAUAGCAAAAUCACAGAUUGACUUGUUGAGUGCCAAAAAAUUGUUCAACAAA